AUGGCUUUCACACCUAGAGGCGGUCGUGGCGGCGGCGGACGUGGUGGUGGUGGUGACCGUGGAGGUCGCGGUGGCUUCACCCCCCGAGGUGGUCGCGGCGGAUUCGGCGGAGGUCGCGGCGGCGGUGACCGUGGCGGCCGUGGAGGUGGCCGUGGUCGUGGUGCCCCCAGAGGCCGUGGAGCCCCCCGAGGAGGUGGCCGUGGUGGAGCCGGAGCCCGUGGAGGAGCCAAGGUCAUUGUUGAGCCCCAUCGCCACGCAGGUGUUUUCGUCGCUCGCGGAAAGGAAGAUCUCCUUGUCACCAAGAACUUGACCCCCGGAGAGUCUGUUUACGGCGAGAAGCGCAUCAGCGUUGGUGCUAGCACCGCGCCCAAGGACGGCGAGACCGAAGCCCCAUCCAGCACAGAAUACCGUGUCUGGAACCCCUUCCGCUCCAAGUUGGCCGCUGGUAUCUUGGGUGGUGUCGACAACAUCUACAUGGGCCCUGGCUCCAAGGUCCUGUACCUCGGUGCCGCUUCAGGAACAUCAGUCUCUCACGUUGCCGAUAUCGUCGGACCCGAGGGAACCGUUUUCGCUGUUGAGUUCUCCCACCGCUCCGGUCGUGAUCUCAUCAACAUGGCCACUCACCGCACAAACGUCAUCCCCAUUGUUGAGGAUGCUCGUCACCCUCUGAAGUACCGCAUGCUCGUCGGCAUGGUCGACUGCAUUUUCGCCGACGUUGCCCAGCCCGAUCAAGCCCGUAUCGUUGGUCUCAACGCCGGACUCUUCCUCAAGGUUGGAGGUGGUAUCGUCAUCUCCAUCAAGGCCAACUGUAUCGACUCUACUGCCGCCCCCGAGGCCGUCUUCGCACAGGAAGUCACCAAGCUGCGAGAGAUGGGCAUCAAGCCCAAGGAGCAGCUUACCCUUGAGCCCUUCGAGCGUGACCACGCCAUGGUUGUUGGUGUUUACCAGCGUUCGCAAUAG